AGGCUCAUCUCAUAUCCCAAUAAUUUUAUUUUAAAUAGUUAUCAUUACUAAACAACUUAAAUUCAGUAAAGUAUAUAAGUUUGAUAUUUUAAUUCUGAGGGAUACCUAAGGUUUAUUAACAAUAGUUAAAAAUUGUUUGACUCGUAUGUUUAUAAAUGUGUAGGAAACUGGUUCAAUAGUUAAUAUAUAGCAUGUUUCCCUGUUUUAUUUGUAAUUUAUUGUUAGCAUGCAUUAAAAAUCAAGGAUUUUAAUAAAAUUACAAGCAAAUAUCACAUUUUGCUCUCCACUUAAAAAACAAUUUAAAAAUCCAAGAUGUGUUUCUGUAUUGGACUUGAUUUCUUGUAUUUUCAACCAUAAUACUCAAAAUAUAAAUUUAAAGCACAUUAUUCUCUUAACAAUGUUUUUAUUGAUAUUUAUUAUUUCUACUAUUUAUAAAUUCGCACAAAGCAUUUUUUUAGCCUAUUAAUGAGUGAUGGGCAUAAUCAAAUGAUUUCGAUAAUGAAAUUAUUAGUAAUCGAGAGAAUCUCUCGAAAAAUUACUCUAAAUUAAAAUCGUUUAUUCGUUUGAUUAAAAUAAUAGACUAUUUUUACUGAUUUGGAAUAUUAUCGAUUACGUUAAACCCAUUUAUAAGUUAUAACCAAAUUGCUGACCCUAUGUAGUUGGGAGUGUAAAGCGAAGAUAAAGAAGAAGAAGAAGUUAUAACCAAAUAAUUCAAAUAGGUAUAAGUAAAGAAAUAUGCAUCUACUUAUAGUAAAUGAAUAAUUUAAUUUCCUUUUUUUAUUUGUUGGUAUAAUACCUAUUAUUAAUUGAAUUGUAAUUUAGAAAUAAUAAUACUUAAUUAUUAGUGGGUGUCUUAAAUAAAAUGGUCUAAGAUGUUUUAUUUUUAUUAAUCGUUCAAUAAUUAUUAUUAUCUUCAAUUUAAUUAUGUACCGUAAUCCAUGUUAACUGAAAUUUUUUCGAAAAUAAUUUUAUUGCAUAAAUAAAAGUGUUAAAGAAUAUUAUAGAGCAUCCAUAGAAUAUUAUAGACCGAUCUUUUUCCUCUUAUAAGUUAUUUCAUAUAUUAAAUAUAAAAAAGUUUUAUAGAUUUUGUGUAAUAUUUAGUUUUGUAAAGUAGCAUUCCUGAACAACUUCAAAAAAGUUUUUAUCAUAAUCGAAAUAUCUCGAUUAUGCCCAUCACUACUUUUAAUCACUCGCAGUUAUGAAUAAUGAUAACUCCCAUUGUCCUGUAGACAGUUACUACACGGACCUCCUCAUCAUGUUUUCUCCCCUACCCCACUGUGCUGGCUAUUGUAUACAUACAUUCUAGCUGUUUGACAUACAUUUUUCAUUAAACAACUAACUUCUUGGGUUAGAAUAGUAUAAAAUAUUCAAAUUCAAAUUUUUUUAUAACUUUUUUACAUUCACAAACGUGUGGUACUCAAAUGAAAUAAAUGCUCUUUAGUGAAUAAUAUAGUUAUAAUAUUUUAUUACAAUCUUGAAUUAAUUUGACCAUUGUAAUAUGGAAAAAAAUAUGAAAUGCAUCUAUUACAUUGCGUAACAACAGGACCCCUUUAAAGUAUAAUCACGGACCGCCCAAAAAAAAUAAACAAUAAACCGUUCAAUUGUAUUGCCAUUUAAUAUUAAUAAUAACCGUAAUCUAAAUUUGAUAUAUACAAAUAUAACCGGGUAGGUUCGUUAUUGCCUUUCAAGAGGCUGGAGGCAGAAUACUGACAAUAAAUUAUUAUAACUUAAAAACGUUAUAGGAAACUUUACCAAUAUAUGAAAGACCACUUAUGUAUUCAAAAUUAAUAAAUAUACAUUCAAUAAAGUUCAUAAUUUUCAAACAAAUUUACUUUUGGGUUAUUUAAAAAAAAUGACAGCCCCUCCAUGGACCCCCGAACAACCAUCUACGGACCCCCCCAGGGGUUCCCUGGACCACCGGUUAAGAACCUAUGAACUAGGGCAUCAAUACACUGAAUACAUAAUACAUAGUAUACAGUGUAUGUAACAUGAAAAAUUAUAUUAUACAUAUCUUAAAAAAAACAAUAUUACUAAAAUAAAUUCAAAGUUAUAUUACAAUUACCUGUUCAAUUGAAAAAUAGUUUAAAAUACAUCGUGAGUACGAAUAAAUUUAUCUACCAUUUGUAUUGUAAACACUAUUUGUGUUACACCAUUUGGCAUCACUGUAUAUUUCAAUUUUUAAUUGUUCAUAAUAGACGAUAGCAGCUGAAGUGACUGCAUGAUAUCAUAUCAAAAUUCAAAUUUUUUUUAAUGAAUCCUGUUUUACUGACUACUGUUAUUUAUGUAACUUAUUACUUAUUAGAAAUUAGUUCGAUUGGCUCUAAAGACUAAACACUUUAGACCAGCUAUUACUCUUGAUGUACAAUGUAUUUUUUCUAAAAUUUCUUCUAUGUUACUCGUUUCACAAACGCUAAUUUACUAUUAAACAAAAGCCUACCUACAUUUUGGAAGUACUUUAAUUAAGGAUAUAAAAAACAAUAAAUUAUACAAUAAAACUCCUAUUUUACUCUUAAUUUUAAAAAAAAAAUCUGAAUUAGGUAGACAAUGAGAAUAAUGUGAAUUGUGCCCUUGACUGGACUCUCGAUUUGUUUUAAAUAGUAUUGAUGAUGUUUAUGUUUAAUUUUAACAAUGUCGAUUCAAGUACAACAGAAGUGGUUUGCGAUAACCAAAAAAUGAUUGAAGCUGAAGAGAUUUCUAUGACUACUAUGGAGCUGGAAGACAUCCAAUUUCAAAGUUUAACGUUUGGAAACAAUACGAUGAAAGUUAUUACAGAAGAUCCAAGUACGCAUAGUUCAGAUCUGAUCCCUGGUAUUUAUGAAGGUGGAUAUAAAUUAUGGGAAUGCACGGCGGAUAUGUUAAAUUACUUAAGUAAUAAUAUAAAUAUUGUUAAGGGAAAUUCUAUUUUAGAUCUGGGCUGUGGUAUGGGCCUCUUAGGUGUACAAGCCCUGAUGUUUGGUGCUAAAAAUGUUGAUUUCCAAGAUUAUAAUAAAGAAGUUUUAAUAAAUGUUGCUAUGAAAAAUGUUUGUUUGAACUGUAUAGAGAAAUCAGAUAGUUGCAAGUAUUUUUCAGGUGAUUGGGAUUCAUUUACUAUCUUAAAUGAAAAUACUUAUGAUGUAAUUUUGACAUCUGAAACUAUAUAUAAUGUUAGUUAUUAUAUGAAAUUAAUUAACUUGUUUAAAAAUAAAUUAAAACCAAAUGGAAUUAUUUUUUUAAUUGCCAAAAAUUAUUAUUUUGGAGUUGGUGGAUCUAUAACUGAGUUUUUAAAUGUAUUAAAGUCAUUUAAAUUAAAUGCUGAAAUUAUUUGGUCUAGUACUGAUGGUGUAAAAAAAACAUUAUUAAAAAUUUAUUUUUGAAUAUUUGUUAUUAUUUUAAUAAAUAAUA